AUGAGGUUACUAAUAGCCUGCGACGACAGUGGCAGUAUCAAGGAGCUGAUAUGCAAUAAAAAUACCAACACAUCUGUACAGACCGCCCCGCAGCCUUUCCACCUUGGCGCUCAUCUUCCUGAAGGUUUCGGUAGCCGAGUUGAAAUAAUGAAAAUGAUUGGGCCGCAGCACCUUCUGGUUGCCAGAGCCAAUGGAAGUAUCCAGCUUAUUGAACUCAAGCGCGUCGAUCGCGAUGUUUCCGUAAAGGACCCCGCCAAAGAGCCUAUAUUCCAAGUCUCAGAAAUGCAUGCAGCCUCUACAAUUAGCGGCCUAUUUGAUGAAGCUAGGCUUCUCAGCAUUCACAAGUCCUCUAAAAAAAGAUCAAGACCGAGAGAUGGUUUCGUAGCGCUUGAGUUGGUCCCGCAAACCUCGGAUCGCGUUUUCAGCGCCACUAAGUCAGGGCUAGUACAUGUUCUAAGCAUAGAAAACGGCGAGCUCAAGCUUAUCAGCUCAAACUCGGUGAAGGCUCCACUAGAAUUUGCACAGGUAUACGAUCUAGUUGCCGCGCAGAAAACACGUCAAAAAAAAAGAGCCUCUGCUAAACUCACAUUUGCAUAUGGUGGCGAAGAAAACCUCGUCAAAAUUGCUCAAUUCACAUCUAGCUACAAAACGAUAGAACAAAUAUGGGAGGCCAAGAAUGUUUCAAACGACAGGCUUGAUCUAAAAGUUCCUGUAUGGCCCAUGAAGCUAAAGUUUCUUGAGCCCGCAUCGGCGGCUGUCGAUGAGGGUAAAGUCAACUAUCAAUUUGUUACUAUAAAUCGUCUAGGGCUCUUCAGGGAAUACAGGACAUUAACUGGACGUAAACCCAUGCUGUCCAAGGCUCUUUUACCCAAGAAUGAGUUUGCUACUCAGUUACAGGUUAUCAAUAGUGAUGUCACGCCGGCGGGAAACAUAAGAUCUAAUAGCUUUGAAAAUCUCCAGUUUGUCACCAGCGACCUUAAAAAGAACGUGUUUUCUUUCAAUGCUGCGUCGGGAUCAUUAGGAAAGUACGGGAAUGGGGACAUUACUGGGCACGCCUCAUUUUUAAACAUAGAGAAGAAGUACUUACUGCAGGGUGGUCUUGACAGAUAUGUUAGAGUCUUCGACGCUGAAUCUCGUGCAGUGAUCUGUAAGUGCUACACCGGUUCCAAGAUCAGCUCAGUGGUCUUGGUGGACGAAGAAGAAAUUGACGUUCCACAACUGAACGAAAACAAGAAGAGAAGGCCAAAGCACAAAGAUGACAAGGCUGAAGCUGAAGAUGACGAGAAGCUUUGGAGUACGCUCGAGUCGUCGGCUAAAAAACUGAAGAAAAGUUAG